CCGAGUGUCAGCCUGGUUUCAUCCUAAAGGUUGUUGCUGCUGGUGUAUGGGAGGAAAUGAUGUAUUGGAAAAGGUACACCUAUGAGCAGUACAAGGAGACAGCUGAAUGGCUCCAGGCCAACACCAAAGAGCGGCCUCGCGUGGCUGUUAUCUGUGGUUCAGGCCUUGGGGGCCUGGCCAAUCUACUGAAGGAUCAAGUGGUGAUCAAGUACACGGACAUCCCCAACUUCCCCCAGAGCACAGUCGUAGGUCAUGCAGGAAAGCUAGUCUUUGGGAGGUUGUCUGGAAAGCCCUGCGUGGUGAUGCAGGGUCGCUUCCAUAUGUAUGAAGGCUAUCCCCUGUGGAAGGUGACGUUCCCGGUACGGAUCUUCCACUUGCUCGGGGUGGAGACACUAAUUGUCACCAAUGCAGCUGGUGGCCUCAACCCAGAAUAUAAUGUGGGGGACAUCAUGAUCAUCCGUGACCACAUUAACAUGCCAGGCUUGGCUGGGAUCAACCCCCUGGUGGGGCCCAAUGAGGAAAGUUUUGGGGUACGUUUCCCCCCCAUGUCAGAUGCCUAUGACAAAGACCUGCGGCGCCUGGCAUUGGCUGUGGCCAGGGAUCUGGGCCAUGCCAAGACUGUGCAUGAAGGGGUCUACUGCUCAGUUGGAGGGCCCAGCUACGAGACCAUCGCUGAGUGUCGCUUCCUGCAGCGUGUGGGGGCCGAUGCUGUGGGCAUGAGUACUGUCCCCGAGGUGAUUGUGGCACGACACUGCGGCCUGCGCGUCUUUGGCUUCUCGCUCAUCACCAACAAGGCGGUGCUCGACUACACCAGCCAGGAGAAAGCCAACCACACAGAGGUGCUGCAAGCCGGCUCUGGUAGUGCCAAGAUGCUGGAGAAGAUUGUCUCGGAGCUGGUGCAGCGCAUUGAGAGCAACAACAACUUGGCAUAGGCAGGGGAUGCCUGUGCCCCCCCUCCCUCUUCUGUUUAGGCACUGGAAUUCUCCAAAUCUUGUUUAAGUCUCCCCCUCCGGUGAACUGUUAGGCUGCCUCUGAGCACCAGAACCAGCCCUGGUUGAGGAUGUUCGGAUGUUCAUUCACUUUGGGACACUGCAGUCUGGUCUCUUAGUCUGCCUGUCCCUUUCUCUGCCCUUAGUCUUUGUUAUUAGAUGAGCUUCCCAGUUCGUUCUGCCACUUGGAGACUUGCUUUUAUCUGCAAGCCUCCCAGAAUGCUGUUGUCCGUCUGUCCUUGGAGAAUCUGGUCUCUUCUCUGC